UUUACUCUAUUUCAAACCUAUGCCGACAUUAAAAAGGUACUCUCAUGGCUGGAUCCUGAUGGUUUGAGUAAGGAGUCUCUCGAAGAAAAGGCUUAUGCCGUGAACUGCUCUGAUGUAAGUCUGGAACGAAUCUGGAGUCACAUCGAUGUAUUUGCUGUGGGACACUUCCUUGGUUGGGCUAUGAAAGCAUUGCUCAUACGACACGGAAUACUGUGCUGGUAUAUAAGUAUCGCGUGGGAACUCACUGAGUUUUUCCGAAUGCGGCAGUUUCACUGGGAGAGUAUCAAGGACAUUAAGUCACAUCGUGGACGCUUCAAACGUGCUGUGAUGCAGUUCACCCCGGAAAGUUGGACGGAACUGGACUGGUUCAACUCGACUGCUCUAAGAAGAACUAUGGCUGUAUAUGUGUCUGCUGAUUUGGGCUGGAAUUUCUCUACAGCUUACACACAGAUCCUUUUUUGGUGA